AGGUGGGAUAGAGAUUUCAUAGUCAAAUUAGACGUCUGCCGCCCUCACCUACCGUAGUCCAAGUGGGCAGAUCGGUCACCGCGCUUCAAGGGAGUGUCAGUGACAGUUGCAGCAAAACUUGCAACGCGGUCAUCGAAUAGUUAACGAUAACGAAGUGGUACUUUCGAAACUUUCCUCUGCUCGAGACACCAGAGUCGAAUAUCCGAGCGUCGGAUUCACAGAACCGAAAACGAUCUGUGCUAAUAUCCACAUACCUUGGACGAUGAGGGACUCUAUACAAUGGACUCGAGGGCUCCAGCUCGUCAACCUGCUGGGAGUCACUCAUCUUGCCGGCUACCAAUUCGGGACGGACAAGAUUGCCAUGCACAGCAUCCUAAAACUCAAUGACAAGGACACCAUCGUAAAGCUCUGGUUCCGGGGAUGGGACUUUGGACGUGUAUACGGCCCCGCAAUGGUCGUCGGCACGGCCGCCGUUUUUGGCUUCCUGGCAUGGAACGACGGCAUUGCAAGUCCGGCGUUUCCUUUCAACCUCGCAGCCGGACUCCUGAUGGGGGCCGUCGGGCCGUACACACACUUCAGGGUCUUCCCCGUCAACGACAAGCUCUUGGAGGAGCAUCGAAUUGUUAUCAAGGCGGAAAAGACGGAUGAGCGAGCAGAGGGGGCGAGUCUCGAGGCUGUUCGAGUAUGGGCUGCUGAUUGGAAGAGACUCGACAUACAUCGACAACUGCUCGCAUAUCUUGCUGCGGGGGCUGGACUGAUGGCUGUUCUCAGAUCUUGAGUUGCUGUUGAACCGAUUGGCGACUGAGGAUAUACUCGAUGGUGGGGGAGAGUUGAGACGAUGUUACAGUCAUGAAUUACGACGAACGAAGUCUCCCGAAUACGAACGGAUACGAUUAGUACGAAGAACUUGCCGAACCUGUUCUAUUAAAAAGAAUACUUGAAUAAACAAGUGACCUGGUACAAGACGAGACACUCAAACGAUAAGCGCAGAUUGAUUCAAGUCCAUCGUCACACAAUCUCUGGUACUCGCAAAUUUCGUGGCAUCCGCCACAUGUCGACAUGGACUCAAGGUCUGAAUUCGAAGAAAUCCCCCGAGCGUCCUUCGAGGUUUAGCGAAAGCGAUGCGAAAUGUUGAGGAUCCCCAACUUCCCCGUCGACAGACGAUACUCAAAGUACGAAUCGAACGGUUUCGACUGUCGCGCGUUUCCGUUCCGUGAAGCUGUUCACAUAGUCUUGACCUCAACAUGGACUUGCUCUUUUCGCUAGCGAUGC